AUGACCACAUUACUCUGGGUUUUCGUGACUCUGAGGGUGAUUGCUGCAGCUGUCACUGUAGAAACUUCAGACCAUGACAACUCGCUGAGUGUCAGCAUCCCCCAACCAUCCCCGCUGAAGGUCCUCCUGGGGACCUCCCUCACCAUCCCCUGCUAUUUCAUCGACCCCAUGCACCCUGUGACCACCGCCCCCUCUACUGCCCCCCUGGCCCCAAGAAUCAAGUGGAGCCGUGUGUCCAAGGAGAAGGAGGUAGUGCUGCUGGUGGCCACUGAAGGGCGCGUGAGGGUCAACAGUGCCUACCAGGACAAGGUCUCGCUGCCCAACUACCCGGCCAUCCCCAGUGACGCCACCUUGGAAAUCCAGAGCCUGCGCUCCAAUGACUCUGGGGUCUACCGCUGUGAGGUGAUGCACGGCAUCGAGGACAGCGAGGCCACCCUGGAGGUCGUGGUGAAAGGCAUCGUGUUCCAUUACAGAGCCAUCUCUACACGCUACACCCUCGACUUUGACAGGGCACAGCGGGCCUGCCUGCAGAACAGUGCCAUCAUUGCCACACCCGAGCAGCUGCAGGCCGCCUACGAAGACGGCUUCCACCAGUGUGAUGCCGGCUGGCUGGCUGAUCAGACUGUCAGAUACCCCAUCCACACUCCCCGGGAAGGCUGCUAUGGAGACAAGGAUGAGUUUCCUGGUGUGAGGACGUAUGGCAUCCGGGACACCAACGAGACCUAUGACGUGUACUGCUUCGCCGAGGAGAUGGAGGGUGAGGUCUUUUAUGCAACAUCUCCAGAGAAGUUCACCUUCCAGGAAGCAGCCAAUGAGUGCCGGCGGCUGGGUGCCCGACUGGCCACCACGGGCCAGCUCUACCUGGCCUGGCAGGCUGGCAUGGACAUGUGCAGUGCCGGCUGGCUGGCCGACCGAAGCGUGCGCUACCCCAUCUCCAAGGCCCGGCCCAACUGCGGUGGCAACCUUCUGGGUGUGAGGACCGUCUACCUUCACGCCAACCAGACGGGCUACCCUGACCCCUCAUCCCGCUACGACGCCAUCUGCUACACAGGUGAAGACUUUGUGGACAUCCCAGAAAACUUCUUUGGAGUGGGGGGUGAGGAGGACAUCACCGUCCAGACAGUGACCUGGCCUGACAUGGAGCUGCCACUGCCUCGAAACAUCACUGAGGGUGAAGCCCGAGGCAGCGUGAUCCUUACCGUAAAGCCCAUCUUCGAUGUCUCCCCCAGUCCCCUGGAACCUGAGGAGCCCUUCACGUUUGCCCCUGAAAUAGGGGCCACUGCCUUCCCUGAGGUUGAGAAUGAGACUGGAGAGGCCACCAGGCCCUGGGGCUUUCCCACACCUGGCCUGGGCCCUGCCACGGCAUUCACCAGUGAGGACCUCGUCGUGCAAGUGACCGCUGUCCCUGGGCAGCCGCAUUUGCCAGGGGGGGUCGUAUUCCACUACCGCCCAGGAUCUACCCGCUACUCGCUGACCUUUGAGGAGGCGCAGCAGGCCUGCCUGCGAACCGGGGCAGUCAUUGCCUCACCAGAGCAGCUCCAGGCUGCCUACGAAGCAGGCUAUGAGCAGUGUGACGCCGGCUGGCUGAGGGACCAGACCGUCAGAUACCCCAUUGUGAGCCCAAGGACCCCAUGCGUGGGCGACAAGGACAGCAGCCCAGGGGUCAGGACCUACGGCGUGCGCCCAUCAACAGAGACCUACGAUGUCUACUGCUAUGUGGACAGACUUGAGGGGGAGGUGUUCUUCGCCACACGACUUGAGCAGUUCACCUUCCAGGAAGCACUGGAGUUCUGUGAAUCUCACAAUGCCACGCUGGCCACCACGGGCCAGCUCUACGCCGCCUGGAGCCGUGGCCUGGACAAGUGCUAUGCUGGCUGGCUGGCCGACAGCAGCCUCCGCUACCCCAUCGUUACCCCAAGGCCUGCCUGCGGUGGGGACAAACCAGGCGUGAGAACGGUCUACCUCUACCCUAACCAGACGGGCCUUCCGGACCCACUGUCCCGGCACCAUGCCUUCUGCUUCCGAGGGGUUUCAGCAGUUCCUUCUCCAGGAGAAGAAGAGGGUGGCACACCCACAUCACCCUCUGGUGUGGAGGACUGGAUCGCUACCCAAGUAGUGCCUGGUGUGGCUGCUGUCCCUGUAGAAGAGGAGACAACUGCUGUACCCUUAGGGGAGACUACUGCCAUCCUAGAGUUCACCACUGAGCCAGAAAACCAGACAGAAUGGGAACCAGCCUACACCCCAAUGGGCACAUCCCCGCUGCCAGGGAUCCUUCCUACUUGGCCUCCCACUGGCACAGCAACAGAGGAAAGCACAGAAGGCCCUUCUGCAACUGAAGUGCUUACUGCCUCAAAGGAACCAUCCCCCUCAGAGGAACCAUUCCCCUCAGUGAGGCCAUUCCCCUCAGUGGAGCCGUCCCCUUCGGAGGAGCCAUUCCCCUCCAAGGAGCCGUCCCCCUCAGAGAAGCCAUCAGCCUCAGAAGAGCCAUAUACACCUUCACCCCCGGUGCCCAGCUGGACUGAGCUGCCAGGCUCUGGGGAGGAAUCUGGGGUCCCUGAUGUCAGUGGUGACUUCAUAGGCAGUGGAGAUGUUUCAGGACACCUUGACUUCAGUGGGCAGCUGUCAGGGGACAGGGCAAGUGGACUGCCCUCUGGAGACCUUGACUCCAGUGGUCUGACUUCCACAGUGGGCUCAGGCCUGCCUGUGGACAGUGGACUAGCCUCAGGGGAUGAAGAGAGAAUUGAGUGGUCCAGCACUCCUACAGUUGGUGAACUGCCCUCUGGAGCUGAGAUCCUAGAGGGCUCUGCCUCUGAAGUUGGGGACCUCAGUGGACUUCCUUCUGGAGAAGUUCUAGAGACUUCUGCCUCUGGAGUAGGAGACCUCAGUGGGCUUCCUUCUGGAGAAGUUCUAGAGACUUCUACCUCUGGAGUAGGGGACCUUAGUGGACUGUCUUCUGCAGGAGAAGUUCUGGAGACUACUGCCUCUGGAGUAGAGGACCUCAGUGGACUUCCUUCUGGAGAAGUUCUAGAGACUACUGCCUCUGGAGUAGAGGACAUCAGUGGCCUUCCUUCUGGAGAAGUUCUGGAGACUACUGCCUCUGGAGUAGAGGACAUCAGUGGCCUUCCUUCUGGAGAAGUUCUGGAGACUACCGCCUCUGGAGUAGAGGACAUCAGUGGGCUUCCUUCUGGAGAAGUUCUAGAGACUACUGCCUCUGGAGUAGGAGACCUCAGUGGGCUUCCUUCUGGAGAAGUUCUAGAGACUUCUACCUCUGGAGUAGGAGACCUCAGUGGACUUCCUUCUGGAGAAGUUGUAGAGACUUCUACCUCUGGAGUAGAGGACCUCAGUGGACUUCCCUCUGGAGGAGAAGUUCUAGAGACUUCUACCUCUGGAGUGGAGGACAUCAGCGGGCUUCCUUCUGGAGAAGUUCUAGAGACUACUGCCUCUGGAAUAGAGGAUAUCAGUGAACUUCCUUCAGGAGAAGGUCUAGAGACCUCUGCUUCUGGAGUAGAAGACCUCAGCAGGCUCCCUUCUGGAGAAGUUCUAGAGACUUCUGCCUCUGGAGUAGGGGACAUCAGUAGACUUCCUUCUGGAGGAGAAGGUCUAGAGACCUCUGCUUCUGGAGUAGGGACUGACCUCAGUGGACUUCCUUCUGGAAGGGAGGGUCUAGAGACUUCAGCUUCUGGAGCUGAGGACCUCAGUGGGUUGCCUUCUGGAAAAGAAGACUUGGUGGGUUCAGCUUCUGGAGACCUGGACUUGGGCAAACUGCCUUCUGGAACUCUAGGAAGUGGGCAAGCUCCAGAAACAAGUGGCCUUCCCUCUGGAUUUAGUGGCGAGUAUUCUGGGGUGGACCUUGGAAGUGGCCCACCCUCUGGCCUGCCUGACUUUAGUGGACUUCCAUCUGGAUUCCCAACUGUUUCCCUAGUGGAUUCUACAUUGGUGGAAGUGGUCACAGCCUCCACUGCAAGUGAACUGGAAGGGAGGGGAACCAUUGGCAUCAGUGGUGCAGGAGAAAUAUCUGGGCUGCCCUCCAGUGAGCUGGACAUUAGUGGGGAAGCUAGUGGACUCCCUUUAGGAACUGAACUCAGUGGCCAAGCAUCUGGGUCUCCUGAUGUCAGUGGGGAAACACCUGGACUCUUUGAUGUUAGUGGGCAGCCAUCAGGGUUUCCUGACACUAGCGGGGAAACAUCUGGAGUGACUGAGCUUAGUGGGCUGUCCUCUAGACAACCAGGUGUUAGUGGAGAAGCAUCUGGGGUUCCUUAUGGCAGCAGUCAACCCUUUGGCAUAACCGACCUGAGUGGAGAAACAUCUGGGGUCCCUGAUCUCAGUGGGCAGCCUUCAGGGUUACCAGGGUUCAGUGGGGCAACAUCAGGAGUCCCUGACCUGGUUUCUGGUGCCACGAGUGGCAGCGGUGAAUCUUCUGGCAUUACAUUUGUGGACACCAGUUUGGUCGAAGUGACCCCUACUAUAUUUAAAGAAGAAGAAGGCUUAGGGUCUGUGGAACUCAGUGGCCUCCCUUCUGGAGAGGCAGAUCUGUCAGGCAGAUCUGGGGUGGUGGAUGUCAGUGGACAGUUUUCUGGAACAGUUGAUUCCAGUGGGUUUACAUCCCAGACUCCAGAAUUCAGUAGCCUACCAAUUGGCAUAGGUGAGGUCAGUGGAGAAUCCUCUGGCGCUGAGACUGGGAGCAGCCUGCCCUCGGGAGCAUAUUAUGGCAGUGGACUUCCAUCUGGUUUCCCCACUGUCUCUCUUGUAGAUAGAACUUUGGUGGAAUCUGUAACCCAGGCUCCAACAGCCCAAGAGGCAGGAGAAGGGCCUUCUGGCAUUUUAGAACUCAGUGGUACUCAUUCUGGAGCACCAGACAUGUCUGGGGACCAUUCUGGAUUUCUGGACCUAAGUGGGCUGCAGUUCGGGCUGGUAGAGCCCAGCGGAGAGCCACCAAGUACCCCGUAUUUUAGUGGGGAUUUUGCCAGCACCACCGAUGUAAGUGGAGAAUCCUCUGCAGCCAUGGGCACCAGUGGAGAGGCCUCAGGACUUCCAGAAGUGACUUUAAUCACUUCUGAGUUCAUGGAGGGUGUUACUGAACCAACUGUUUCUCAGGAACUUGGCCAAAGGCCUCCUGUGACACACACACCCCAGCUUUUUGAGUCCAGUGGAGAAGCCUCCGCAGCUGGGGACAUUAGUGGAGCUACCCCAGUGCUCCCUGGGUCUGGAGUAGAAGUGUCAUCAGUCCCAGAAUCUAGCAGUGAGACAUCUCCCUAUCCUGAGGCUGGAGUUGGAGCAUCUGCUGCCCCUGAGACCAGCGGAGAAGAUUCUGGGUCACCUGAUCUGAGUGAAACCACCUCUGCAUUCCAUGAAGCUGACCUCAAGAGAUCCUCUGGCCUAGGAGUGAGUGGCAGCACUUUGACAUUUCAAGAAGGCGAGGCAUCAGCUGCCCCAGAAGUGAGUGGAAAAUCUACCACCACCGGUGAUGUGGGGACAGAGGCACCAGGCUUGCCUUCAGCCACUCCCACGGCUUCUGGAGACAGGACUGAAAUCAGUGGAGACUUGUCUGGUCAUACCUCGGGGCUGGGCGUUGUCAUCAGCACCAGCAUCCCAGAAUCUGAGUGGACCCAGCAGAUCCAGCGCCCUGCAGAGGCGCAUCUAGAAACUGAGUCCUCAAGCCUCCUAUACUCAGGAGAAGAGACUCACACAGCCGAAACAGCCACCUCCCCAACAGAUGCUUCCAUCCCAGCUUCUCCAGAAUGGACAGGUGAAUCAGAGUCAACUGUUGCAGCCCCCGCCAGGUCCUGUGCAGAGGAGCCCUGUGGCGCUGGGACCUGCAAGGAGACAGAGGGUCAUGUCAUAUGCCUGUGCCCCCCUGGCUACACUGGCGAGCGCUGUAACAUAGACAUUGAUGAGUGCCUCUCAAGCCCUUGUCUGAAUGGAGCCACCUGCGUGGAUGCCAUCGACUCUUUCACAUGCUUAUGCCUUCCCAGCUACGGAGGGGACCUGUGUGAGAUCGACCAGGAGGUAUGUGAAGAGGGCUGGACCAAGUACCAGGGCCACUGUUACCGCCACUUCCCAGACCGCGAGACCUGGGUGGAUGCUGAGCGGCGGUGUCGGGAGCAGCAGUCACACCUGAGCAGCAUCGUCACCCCCGAGGAGCAGGAGUUUGUCAACAACAAUGCCCAAGACUACCAGUGGAUCGGCCUGAAUGACAGAACCAUCGAAGGGGACUUCCGCUGGUCAGAUGGACACCCCAUGCAAUUUGAGAACUGGCGCCCCAACCAGCCUGACAACUUCUUUGCUGCUGGAGAGGACUGUGUGGUGAUGAUCUGGCAUGAGAAGGGCGAGUGGAAUGAUGUUCCCUGCAAUUACCACCUCCCCUUCACGUGUAAAAAGGGCACAGUGGCCUGUGGAGAGCCCCCUGUGGUGCAGCAUGCCAGGACCUUCGGGCAGAAGAAGGACCGGUAUGAGAUCAAUUCCCUGGUGCGGUACCAGUGCACAGAGGGGUUUGUCCAGCGCCACGUGCCCACCAUCCGGUGCCAACCCAGCGGGCACUGGGAGGAGCCUCGGAUCACCUGCACAGAUGCCGCCGCCUACAAACGCAGACUACAGAAGCGGAGCUCACGGCACCCUCGGAGGAGCCGCCCCAGCACGGCCCACUGA